AUGGUGACUGAACAGAUGAUAUAUGGUGUAGUUGUUCAUAAGUCCUCUGGAGUGAGGUUUUGUUUGAGUUUGGUGUAUGGUCACAAUGAUAAGGACAAAAGAAGUGCCUUAUGGAAUGAUUUGAGUAAGUGUAGUAGUGAUGUCAGGGAUAUUCCUUGGGUAGUGAUGGGUGAUUUUAACAAUGUUUUGAACAUGAAUGAAACAAUAGGUCAGCCUAUUCUGUUCAAUGAAAUUGAAAAUUUCAAGAAGUGUGUGGAGAAUUGUGGGUUAGCUGAUGCUAAAAUGACAGGCCCCUUGUAUACCUGGUCCAAUAAACAACAUGAGAGUGAUUAUAUGGCUACAAAGAUAGAAAGAGUGUUAAUAAAUGAUCAAUGGGAGUUAAGUUUUCCUGCUACUGAAGCAACUUUUUUACCUGAGGGAAGCUAUGAUCAUUGUCCUUGUAUUGUGAAAAUUCAUCCUGACUUGAAUAAAAGGAUAAAACCUUUCAGAUUCUAUAAUAUGUGGUGUGAUGCUGAAAGAUUUUUACGUGUUGUGGAGGAGGUCUGGAAUGAAGUUAUUGCUGGCACAAGGAUGUUUCAAGUUGUCACUAAAAUGAAAAAGUUGAAAAAACCUCUCAAAGCUCUCAACAGGCAGUGUUUCUCAAAUAUUGAGAAUCAGACUGAUGAUGCUAAGUCACAUCUUGAUUCAAUGCAGCUGAAGCUCAAGAGAGGGGAGGUGUCUACUGCUGAAUAA